CCACCGCCAGUUGCCCGAGGACGGCGGCGCACGUCACACAUCCCUGCGAGCAUUUCCGUCAUCUGCCGAGUCUGUCUCGAACAAGCGGCAGGUCUUAUACACCUGGACUGCGGCCACGAUUUCUGUCAGCCGUGCCUGAACGAGCUUGUCCGCACAUGUAUUGCCCAUAGAAUGUCGUGGCCUCCAAGAUGCUGCAGCGGUCAGCUAGGACUGGAUAUUGACGCGAUCCGACACCACCUCGAUGAGGACGUUAUUGCACGUUAUGCCACUGUGUGGGCUGAGUACUCGGAUCCCGACCCAAUCUACUGCUCGAACCGAGUCUGCAGCCUCCAUAUCCCACCGAACACGGCCCAAAACACCAAGGGACAGUUCGUAUCCUGCGACUACUGUCAGACCGAAACGUGUCGCGCAUGCAAACAAGGGCGUGGUGAACAUAGCGGUCUUGCUGGAGCCAUUUACCCUACCCUGGAGCAAUUGCUGGGCGAGGAAGACCACAGCCUUGUCAAAAACCAGCGCUGGAAGCAAUGUCCUGGCUGCAAAAAUGUAGUCGAGAGAAAUGGAGGCUGCAACGAGAUAUUCUGCCAGUGCGGAGUCCGUUUCUGCUAUCGUUGUGGU